AUGGAUACGGACAAUGACAAUUUUAUUUCUCAUAAUAAAACUGAAUUGAAUAGAAAAGUAAGCACAUCAGGUCGAAGUAUUUCAAUUGAAGAUUGGUCGGAUAUUGAAAGUAUUAUAUCAAGUUAUUCGUCAAUAUUUCAAAAUCAAUAUUCAUUAUGUCGUUCAUUUGAUAUAUCUGAUCGUAAAUCAGCUUUAAUAUAUUGGUCAGAAUUUGCAAGUCAAAGAGCUUUAAAACUCAUUAACUUUUUUCAAGAAAUAGACGAAUUCGAAAAUCUAAAUAGUGAUGAUCGAUUUACUUUGAUAAAAUAUAAUCUUCUUUCCUUAUAUUUGAUACAAAAAUGUCUAAAUUAUAAUCCAUUAACUGGAACAUUUAUCAAUAGAAAAAAUGAAGAUGUUUUAAAACGCCGUCAAUUUUUUGCUUUAUGCUAUGGAACAAGUGGUAUUCGUGAGAGUUUCAUGAGUUUAAUACGGUCUUUUUCAAAAGUUACUGAACAAGAUUCAAUUUUAAUAAAUCUUCUUCUUGUUGUAUUACUUUUCUCCAAAGGUUUAUCAAUGAAUGAAACUGAACCUGAAUUAAAUGAUGAACU